AUGAGAACCUCCAUCAUCUCCGCCAUCAUCGCCACGGUCAGCCUUGUUGCGGCCGCUCCCGCCGCCGAGCCCGCCAAACGCGAGACCAACCUUGGGGGUUUGGCACCCGGCGGCGGCAGUGGCUCCAAGGCCGCCAACGGAGCCGCCGACGCUGUCCAGGGAACUGUUGCCGAGCUCUUCAAGAUCGGUGAUGCUAUUCUCAACACCCCGGGUGAUGCAAUUGGCAAGCUGCUUUCCGGAAAGCCAGCCGAGGCAGUUACUGGUGCUGUUGGCGACGCUAUGAAGGUUGCUGGGCAGCUUCCCGGAGACGCUACGAAGAUUGCUGGAGAUCUUAUGGGCGGUGGUGCCAAUAAGAAGCAGAACUAA